UUUCAAAAAUACACUGCUGACCCAGCGGACGUUUGGUGUCUUGUGCAUGGAGAGAUAUAAUGGCACAAUUCAAAAAUGGCGAACCGUGUGUAGUGAGAGUCGUUGACUACCAAUUUUCGUUUUACGGCUGUUCUAUCAUUGAACUGUUUAAUUUUAUAUUCACUGGCACCGAUCAAGAAUUCAGGAAGAACCAUUUGGAAUACCUCAAGAAUUUAUAUUACAAAUCUAUGGAGGAAUUCUUGAAACUUUUCAAUAUGGACGUUGAGGAUUACUAUCCAAGAGCUGAAUUUGAAAGGCUUUAUAGAGAGAGGCUGGAUUAUGGCUUGAUGAUAGCUCUGUUCUUUCUGCCAAUAAUUCUGGCCAAGAAGAAUGAAAACUCUGUAGCCGAUAUCUUAGAUUCUCCUUCUACCGCCCCCAUAAUGAGUGACUUCAUACGAAAUAGGAUAAGUGGUAUCGUGGAAGAUUUUAUUCAAUGGGGAUACAUAUGAGAUAG